AUGGUGGACACACGCCCUCACCCGCCUCUUCCAGGUACGACCCCUCUACCUUCCCUUCUUCCUCCCUCUUCCUCUCCUUCCCCUUUUCUCCUGGUGGAUAUACGCGCUCCCACGCCUCUUCCAGGUAUUACCCACGCUUCUUCUGAGAUCAACCCCCUCCGCACUCCCCCUUUUCCAUGUUGCUGUUCUGUUCGCCUGGUAUUCGGGCCAUCCACGGAGGACCACCCAGUGCUGGUGGCGCUAGGGGCAGGCCAGCCGCCCGACGACCACCCAGUGCUGGUGGCGCUGGGGGCAGUGAAGGAGGCGACGGGCAUCACCAAGCCGUGGCUGAUGCGAGUCAUUGCUGCCCGGAUGGAGGACUUGGAGCGGGCGGCCUUCCCACCCAACACGAUCGCCGAUGUGGAACAGUAUGCGGAGUCAACAUCUUCAGCGCUGCUCUACCUCUCCCUGCAGGCUGCUGGCAUCCACAGCGUGCACGCUGACCAUGCUGCCUCCCACAUUGGCAAGGUGGAGGGCAUGGCUCUUCUGCUGCGCGGCGCGUCGUACCACGCAGCACAGAGGCGAUCUCACAUUCCGCUAGAUGUCGCUGCAAAGCAUGGGCUGGUGCAUGAGGAGCUGUUUCGUGGGCGGCAGCCGCCCAGUUUCAGGGAGUGUGUGUACGAUGUGGCGUGUGUGGCCCAAGCACAUUUGCAAAAGGCCAAAGCCUUGCAGUCUUCCUUGCCUCCUAUAGCUCAACAACUACUCUUGCCAUCAGCUGUGGGUGCAAACCUCUUCCUUCACAACCUGCAGAGCCACCACUUCGAUGCAAUGGAUCCAUCGCUUCUUCGAGGAGUGGGAGCUUCGUUUUCCCGACUGGUAUACCUACCGUUGCUUCUCCUCUUUGUCACGAUAGUCGCAGCCCCGACAAACGCACUCCACCGCCCCCGCCGCCUCAUGCGGGGCUUGCAAGCCAUUCGCGCCGCGCUUCCCCUUGAAUUGACGGCCACCGUGACAUCGGGUUCCACGAAGCUCGGGGUGACGACGUGGCGCCCUGCGAUUCGCCGGCUGAUCACAGCGAUUGGAUUAGCGUCGGCCAAGUCACCCGCAGUUUCCAAGCAGAACCCCAGCGCUAACGUGGCAAUCGGCGGCGAAAACCUAUCGGUCACCCAGAAGCAGGCCGUUGCGAAGCAGGAGAGCGCGGCGUCGAACGUCCAACGGUCGCCGCCCAACACGGUCACCUCCGAACUCCAAGAUAAGAAAGACAAAGACGACACGCACGAGACCUCCGUUGAGAACAGCAAUGACCACGAGAAAAGCGGCAACGGCAGCGGCAAUGACCACGAGAAAGGCGGCAGCGGCGGCGGCGGCGGCUGCUCUGGUAACAGCGACUUGGAUUUUGAUUUGGCGCCUCCCUCGCUCGCCUCCCCGUGCCCGCAUCCUUCCCCCAACGGGGACGAUCCCUCUCGCGCCGGCCGCCUGUCGCCUCUACCCAUCGCAUGCCCCGCGCGCCCCGCCAUGUGCGACUUCUUCUUUGACGGCCUGACGGACGAGAUACCGGUCAUCCGUCUGUCCGCCGAUUCGUUUUUCGCCGGCAGGCUGAUCCCCAUCGGACCGUCUCCCAUCGUCGCCAUGGCUGGCGGAGCCUUCGUGGAUGUUUCGCGCGUGGAGGGAAACUACUCCCGUGCCGUGUGUCUGCUCGAGGCAGCGGAAAAGCCGGCGCCAGUCACGGCGACAAGCACGUGGCAGGGAAAGAGCACGGACGUUUUGAAGAAGCUUCUUCAGGACCAGCUGAUCCUGCCAGAAAGUUUGUUUCAGCUGCGCGGGAACGGAGAGCUGAUGUAUAGCGGUGCUGACGUGGCGGACUGGGACGACGACACGUGGCUGGAUGCCGCUAAAAGCCCCGAUGGCGUUACCGUCAGCGUGCAAAUCGACGAAGCUACAGUGAACCUGUUCGGGGUCAAUAUCGAGCUUAAUAAUACCGAGGAUGGAUCAGCCACGUCGGAGAACCGCGAAGUUCCUGGCGCCGAGGCGCAGAUGGCACUGCUCGAGGCAUCCUCGUUAUUAACAAACCCGGCAUCUUUCAUGCACGGAGCAGUCCCGCCGUCAGCCUCGCCGCCAUCACCAGCAGCAGCAGCAGCAGCAGCAGCAGCAGCAGCGGCAGCGGCGGCAAAGGCAGCAGCGGCGGCAAAGGGAGCAAAGAACGGGAUUGAUCGCAAGAAGCUGUUGGAGUGGCCUGAGCGGGAGGCGGCUUCCGCCAGGCGCCUGGCGGAGGCGGAAGGCGCGAGCGCGAAGGGCGCGGCGACGCAGUGGCAGGAGAUGAUGCUGAGCGCUGGAGUCGCGGCAAUCCCUGAGGCAGGGCGCCCGGCCCUCCCCCUCGUAGCGACUAUUGUGGUACCAGAGGAUGGUGACUCCUCCCCUGCUGGCGCUGGCGCUGGUGUUAGUGCUCCUGGUGCUGGCGAGGGGGGAGACGCGGGGAGCGUGGAAUCGGAGGAGAAGCGGAACUGGCUGAACCAGCCGACCAGUGGUGCUGUGGAGGGGGUGAGUGACAAGGGCACAGGGAGCGUCAGUGUCAAGGGUGCUGCUGGUGCUGCUGCUGGUAAGGAAAGCAAGCUUCCUAGCAAUGAGCCCAACGGAGGAAGCAGCAGUGGCAAGGGCAGUGAUGGCAAGAGCGACAAGGCUGCAGACAAGGCCGCAGACAAGGCUGCAGGGGUUCCAGAACAGCACCAUGAUUCUGAGGCUAACAGCCGCUUCUACUUCCCUUUGCACCGCCGGUGCAUUUUGUUCCGAGUCAAGAUUGUUUGA